AAGGAUCGCAUCGAUUAGUUGUGUCUGAACUGUGCCAACGCGCUUGCGCACGUCUUGUUCUUCCUUUCUGCGAAAGGCUUUCGCCAUGGCUCCACUGAAAAAGCCAGCCCCCAAAGGUGGCAAGAAGAAGAAGCAGGUCCUGAAGUUCACUCUGGACUGUACACAUCCUGUGGAGGAUGGCAUCAUGGACGCUGCCAACUUUGAGCAGUUCCUGCAGGAGAGGAUCAAGGUGAAUGGCAGGGCUGGAAACCUGGGUGGGGGAGUGGUCACCAUCGAAAGGAGCAAGAGCAAGAUCACCGUCACCUCUGAGGUGCCCUUCUCCAAAAGGUACCUGAAGUAUCUGACCAAAAAGUACCUGAAAAAGAACAAUCUGAGAGACUGGCUCCGUGUCGUUGCCAACACAAAGGAGAGCUACGAACUGCGCUACUUCCAGAUCAACCAGGAUGAGGAGGAGGAGGAGGAUGAAGAUUAGUCCUGUCAGUUUUGUAUAUUCAAUAAAUUCUUUGAUUAUUUCA